AAGGCUGGGAUAAAAAAAAUAUUUUAUGUUAAUUUAGUGCAUGUGUUGUCUUUUUAUCAUAGGCAGGGUGCACUAUCACUCCACAGCCUCACGUGUAGCUCUUCUCCACCAUAUCCCCAGUAAGCAAAAAAAAACAAAAAAAAACAGAGCACCUCUAAGUAAAAAUAUGUCCAAAUGGAUCCUGUGGCAGAUAAACUAAACCUUCAAGCAUGUCAGAUAGGAUCAGUUUGUCUUUGUUGUGGAACCUAAGACUCCUAAAACAAUCUGAUUAGAGGGAAAAAUAAUCUCCUUGAGAAAGUGCAGCUGCUUUUUAGGAACAACUGUGACAGCAAACUGAGAAAGACAUUGCCACCAUGAAUGAACAAGUGCAGGGAGAGUCUCAUCUUGGGGCAGAGCCAUAAAUAGUGACAUUGAUGUUCUGUCAUCUGCAGCCAUUCCUGGUCUCUUGGACCAGACGCAAACACAGGUCAGCAGAGGGUCUGUGAUGUCAGCCAUGUGGGCAGCUCCUGGGAACUCCCUGACUCCCUGUAGCAUCAUGUUUCAGUAUGAGUGUUAGUACAGAAGUACAGAGCAGGCUGAGACGGAGACCAGCAAAGCUGUUUCUUCCAGUUCAAAUCACUCUCUGGAUCCCAGAAACUCUUUCUUCCCUCUGACUUUAUCAGGAGAUUCGGUUCCCACUCAAACAGCCCAUCUGGUUCUACUUUAUACCUCAGCUUCACCUCCCAAUUUGGCAGGGCUUUGUGGCAUUCACCAUGUGUCAUGUCAUUGUAACCUGCCGCUCAAUGCUAUGGACAAUACUCAGUAUUGUGGUGGCCUUCGGAGAGUUGAUUGCGUUCAUGAGUGCCGAUUGGUUGAUCGGCAAGGCCAAAAGCACAGACGGCGACAUUAGGACAGGCGGCCAGCAGGAACCUUACCGGCCAACCCUGGGCAUCUAUGGACGUUGCAUCAAAGUGCCCCAAGUGCCAUAUUUUAGGAAGGACACCUUGUGCGGUCCCUAUGCAGAGCAUUUCAAUGAGAUUGCCAGUGGGUUCUGGCAGGCGACUGCCAUCUUUUUAGCAGUGGGAAUCUCCAUCCUGUGCAUUGUGGCAUUUGUGUCCGUCUUUACUAUGUGCGUACAAAGUGUGAUGAAGAAAAGCAUUUUUAAUGUGUGCGGACUUCUACAAGGCAUUGCAGGCCUCUUUCUUAUUCUCGGCCUCAUUCUGUACCCUGCUGGUUGGGGAUCACAGAAGGUGGUUGGUUAUUGUGGACAUUACGCAUCUGCCUACAAGCUGGGAGAGUGUUCCCUGGGCUGGGCCUUCUACACGGCUAUCGGGGGCACCGUGCUGACCUUCAUCUGCGCAGUCUUCUCUGCACAGGCCGAAAUCGCCACCUCCAGUGAUAAAGUGCAGGAGGAAAUCGAGGAGGGCAAAAGCCUCAUAUGUCUAAUUUAACCGUCAAGGACAUGGCGACGUCCUUGUAAGCCAAUCAGAGACUAAGUAAAGGGAUCGACUGUGUUUACAUGGCUGCAGCCUUGCUAUGAAAGGGGGACACUGAGCCUUGGCAAGGCAACCUAUUCUCAUUUGUGGCUUAAACAUUGGAGCUGGGAGAGUGGGAGUGAAAAUCCCGAUGCACAGGACAUGGAUUGCCUGAAGACUGUAGAAGGAACUGCUGCUCUCCACCUUCCCAGAGUCACUUUAAAUCCCUCCUGUACAGAAAGCAGACUCCAUUUAUACAGACAUUUCCAGACUCUUGAUACAUUUGCCAUCAACCCCCCUACCGUCUGCCUUUGUGUUUGGGGGUCCAAUAAGAAGCGUACCGCUAGACUUAAGGGAAAUGUUUCUAAACUGGAAAUAUGGGGAUCUUUUAAGUGUUUUUUUUUUUAAAGAACAACUUGUAUUUUUGAUUUUCUAGAUAUGGAAAGAACCACUUCAGCACUGGUGUUACACGUAACCUUAGGGGCAGAUGUUUUGGGUAACCGCCUCUUUAAAGGAAUAGUGACUCCAAAAGUGCUCACAACAUGAAAUACGCCACAAAAAUACAUCGUUUUUGCAAUUUUUUGGACACAUAAAGAAUUUAACGUGGUUGGCGAUUCAUGAGAAUAAGCUGUUAGGUGCGAUCAUUUAUUUUAAGUAAUCCCGUUAGUAAGCCAAUAUGGCGUCUGGCUAACCAAUGCACGUUGAGUUGCAGCGUUCUAUCCUGAGGCCGCAGGCCAUAUGUAACGUCUCCUAAACACCUGCCGGAGCACAUUAGGGAAUCUAAUCUGGUCAAAUGGUGCAUUACAACCAGCUGCAAGCGAGAAUAUAUUAUUAUAACGUGGGAGCUCAGAGAGGUUAGACAUGGAGCCAAAGCACACAAAGCCCUUUAGACUGGAAUGAAUGUAGUUAUUGUAUAGAAAGAUUGUAUAGAAUUUAAGCUACUGGAAAAGCAGACAGUCCGGUCACGGCUGUAGCUGCCAGUGCCAACAGUUACCAACAUGCACUCUCGCCUGUGCCCGGGAGACUCUCCUUAUACUGCUGCUGAAUGCACCAGGGCACAGAGUCUUUCUCUUUCCUACUGGCCCUUCUCCCAUGGAUCAUGUUGUGCUGCCCCCAUGUGGCACAGGGUAUAUUGCAAUCACCUCAUUAAUUAGGGGAACAAAUCUCACUCCGUCUGUGGUACACUUGGGGGCACAUUCUUUAAGGGUCGAAGUGAGAAUUUGAAUUUUCAAAACUCUCAAAUUUGAAUUGUGAAUUAUCCAAACUCGAUUCGAGUUUUAAUUCGAAUUUCGAGUUUUAUCAUCAUCUGGUCCUUGAAUAUGACUAUUCGCUACCUUAAACCUGCCGAAUUAAGUCAAUGGGAGAGGUCCAGGGAUCACUUUGGUGAUGUCUGCAUCCUUCCUGACAUUCAAGUUUUCGAGUCGAUCAAAUUCAUCGGAGGUGAAAAAAACUGGUUUUAUUUCAUUUCUAUUGGUCGAAUUUCAAGUUUACGGAAGUUGUUUUAAAAAACUCACAUGAAUUUGAAUUUCGACCCUUGAUAAAUCUGCCCCUUGGAGUUUGGUUCUCCACUACCAAUCGCUGCAAUUAGAAGCCAUAGGUCACCAACCACUGACAGCAGGAAAAACAUUUCUCUAGGUUGGCGACUGUCUUUUGGCACAUUAUAGCUCUAAGACCAACCUGUGCCACAUUAGAAAAAUUAGACAUCUCUGUUCUCGGAUAAUGUAUUUGUUUUUGAGUUACAGAAUGGCAUGGGCCAUGUUCCCACAACUUACUGGUGUUCAGUAGAUUGUGUGCUCUAUAUAUAUAUAUAUAUAUAUAUAUAUAUAUAUAAUAUAUAUAGUAGCUCACAGCAGCAAUGCCAAGGUACCUUUUUCCCACCAUAUAUAAUAAUGACCAGAAACCCAUUAUAUUUCAUUUGGGAGGCAUCAAGAGCCCCUGUGAAUGUGGCCUCUAUAAUGUCUAUUCUAUUCUUGCCCCUACCAAUGCAACACAAAUAGUCCAGUUAAAAGCAAAGUGGGGGUUCUGGGAUUUGUAGUUUAACAACAUAUGGAUAAUGACCAUGACAGCCUUUGAUCAGAGGAAUUUGGAGACUUUUCAAGACCACUUAAAGGGAAUAUUACACUAUUUACAAUCUCAGUUUACAUGCCAUCUGAAAACGUUUUGCAAGCGUUGCCCUUUUUUUUCUUUGAGGCUAAUUGUAGUGCUACCCUUAUUGCUCAACUUUCUACAGAAACCCUGUUCAUCUUCCAUUUGGAAAUGUGUUGCUAGGGUACGUGGAACCCAAACAACCAGCUAGAAGAUCCCAAAUUGGAAAGCUUUUGAAGAACAAUAAAAAAGUGAUUCACUAAAAUUGCCCUAGAAUGCUACAUACUUUGUGUUUGUCUUCUGGCUUUGGGUGUUUUUUCUCACCUGGUAACCUUUAAGCUGCCCAAACACUUGAAGAUCUGCUCGUAUGGUGAGGUCUCCAAAAAAGCAGAUCUUUCCCUGAUACGCCCAUAUGAGUUGGAUGAUAUCAGGCUGAUCUGUUUGUUGGGCCCUAGAUCACAACAAGAACACAGGCAGUCGGAGUAGGGACCGCAUUAAUGAACUGAUGCAAUACUCUCUCCGAUGGGAUUUUUAAACUGGUCCGAUUGGUCAGGGAAGCCUGUCAGAGGGCCCAAUACAUGGGCCAAUAAGCUGCUCACUUGGUCUGUUGGAAGCUUGUAUUGGCCUGUGUAUGGCCACCUAAAGCAACCAACUGGCCACUAGCUUUUAUAUUUUAAAUGCAGUUAGAAUGAUGAAAACAAAAAUCUGGUUGAUUGUAAUGGCUUAUUGGAGUGAGGAAAACUUUAUUAUUGUUACUGCAUAACCCUGUUAACAAUGAAGAUGUCAGAAUUUCGAAGGGGGGCUGUCACUGGUACCUUAACCCUUCCUGUUACUUUCUAACCUGGGGUACUUUCCAGCAGAGCACUACAUCACUAUCUUAUUCCCUUCUCCCGGGUGUCCCUAUUGGGCACAUGCACAUUACUGUAGAGCCCACAAAAUGACUGUAACGCACAUAUACCCUCCCAGGCUGGUGCAAGGACUUCCUGGCAGAAGGGAGGAAGGUGACAGCUCCACUUUCUAUGGUACAGUUUCCCAUGUCUGGUGCAUUUUUUAAAGAAGAGUUUUGGCUUGGGGAUAAUGAGAGCCUGACGUCAUUGGAGAAGAACUAAGUUUCCUUGUGUGAAAUCUGGUGAGUCUGGGCAUUAUGGGUCAGUUAAGCACCAUGCUGCACCCCUGGCCAAUCACAAUCCACCGUCAAUCAGAUGCAGCCCCCGAUAACUGGACAAGAUACCUAUGUGAACUGGUGGCAAUGCCAGAAUAUGAAGUAUUAUUUGGCAGAUCAAGUAGGAGCUUUUCCCAAGCAGAAGAAAGUUGUGUCUCUUCCUUAUUCCCCUCAGGCUUUUCAUUGCUGUUCAGUAGCCAGGAGCCCAGGAUAUUUGCAAUUAGUGUAUAAUUAAAUUGGAAUGUAUAAAGGAAAUAUUUCUAACAGAAGCAGGAACUGUGCAUAUAUAUAUAUAUAUAUAUAUAUAUAUAUAUAUAUAUAUAUAUAUAUAUAUAUAUAUAUGUGUGUAAAAGAAGGAAAGUAAAUGGGUCAUUUUGGGUCUUCCAGAAGCUGUGCACAUGAGCCGCUGUCUAGCCAUAACGUGCCAUACUCUGUAUUCUCAACUGUAGCAUAUUUAAAAGGAAAUAAAAUAAAACCCAAAUCAGUGUGAGAUGAUGAUGAUAAUGAUGUGCAAUACCAAAUGCAUUUGUUGAAUUUUUUGGUGAAUAAUGCUUAAAAAUUCCGAAUGGAUUCAGUCGCUUGUAUAUAUUCCCCUGAUGUUCUACACCACCCAUUGUAUUGCUUUGAGACUGUGAGUUUGGAGUCGUUUGCGUGGGAGUACAAAUGAUACUCUCCUAAAUACCAAUAAAUAAUUUUGAAUAUAAA